AUGGACAGAUACAUCUUGCAACUUAACUCAACCUCUGUUUCUGCACAAGUCCCUCACAACACCACAGUUAAUGUCAACGCCACUGUUAAACAUUUUAGCGUGUUUGAUGGCUGUGAGAAGUACUUUGAGGGAGUUCUGUUUGAUCUUGCUUUACAAAUCAUCAAUGUAAUUGUGGGAAUACCUGCCAACGUUCUUGUCAUUGCAAUUCUUAUUCACAAUCGCAAAGAACCGUCCACUUCAGACCUGUUCCUGGGUUGCUUGGCCUUCAUGGAUGCCUACUUUGGCACCAUGACCCCUCUAAACUUUUUAAAUCUUUACAUCUGGCAUAGCAAAGAGGUCUGGUCAGCGGUUAAGUUUUCCUUCGGUGUUAAAGACACCAGCGGCCCACUGUUUCUUUCUUGCAUCUGCCUGGAUCGAUUUGUGGCCGUGCUCUUUCCGAUCACGUUUGGGCAGCUGAAACCCAUCAAAUACAGAUUGAGCCUCACACUGCUGGUACUCUGUCUCACCUUUGCCUACUCUACAGCCAAGAUGGUGGGCGGUUUUCCCAAUUUCGAGAAGGUGUUCACUGGCGAGGUCCUUGCAACUUUUACCUGGAUGGUGGUCUGUAAUGUUUGCAUUUUAUGGGCCCUGAAGAAAUCUCGUGGCGCCGGGAAAGACGACAUGCAUCCCAUGAAGAAGAAGGCUUUCAACAUGGUGCUCUCCAUCCUCCGUAUCAUUAUUUUCAACUAUUUGCCCCUUGUUGCACUGUUUCCAUUUGAAGAUCAUUACACCCCUGAUGUGUUUCGUUGCUAUGUGCAGCCCAUUGGCUUCGCUUUUCUAAACAUUAGCAGCACUAUCCAACCACUUGUCUACUUGUCCCGUCUGGAGAAGGUUCCUUUCCUUCCAGAUGCUUGCAUUAAGAAGUUCACUUCCUGCAUCACCACAGAAAAAAAUAAAAAUAUGUCCACACAAAGACCAUCAGCUUAG